AUGCUUUUCCUCCCAGCUGCUGCUCUGUGCUGUCUGUGUUCAGUAAUGGUUACUGUGGCUGAAGAGCUGAUACAGAGUGAUUUAACUCUGACCAGGAGAGCUGGUGAAAGUGUCUCCUUCAGCUGUGGGGGAACUGACCAGUGCAACACUGCAGUUGUACACUGGUACCAGAAGAAAGACACAAGAGAUUCAUUCAGAAUGCUUCUUUCUAUCAGCACGAAAAAUGGUGCAAUUACUAAAGGCUACAACCACCCCGAGAAAGAAGACUUCUCAGCUGUAAAGAAACAGGACGGCUGGGAGUUGGAGAUAAAGAAAGUUAAAGACGUUCAUUCAGCCACCUACUACUGCUGUUGCUCUAAAACUGCGUACAUGAUCUUUGGCUCUGGAGUUAAACUGUAUGUAACAGAGAAGCCGGUACUGAAGCCCUCGGUGACGGUGUACCAAGCAGCAUCCAGUGAUCAUCUGGAGGAGAAGAGAUCCCUGCUGUGUGUGGCCUCACAAAUGGUUCCUCCUGUGGUCAAGAUCACCUGGAAAAGGCAGGAGCAGGACGGAUCUCCGCUGGCAUUGCCCCCUGGUGGCACAGAACAGCUGGAUGUCAUAGAGUCCGAUUACACUGCCAGCAUCUUGUUGAUCCAUCAGCGAGACGAGAACUCACAUACAUAUGGCUGUUCUGUCACACACGAGGGGGGGACGGUGGAGGGCCAAAUAGAGGAAGGAGUUUCUCAAAGUCCACCAAAAGAACUUCCACCAGAUACACUUUCCACCAAUCAAACUUUAACAGAACGUCCAUCAUCAGAACAUCCUGUGUCUCAAAGACAAGUAAAACUGCUCUGCCUGGUGUACACGGUGCUGAUCACGAAGAGUCUGGUGUACUGCUGUGGAGUCUCUCUGCUCAGGCUCGUCAGACGCAGCUGCAAACACGCAGCUGACUGACUGUUUCCUUCUUCUUGGCUUAUCGCUUUUUAUAUUGUUUAUCACUCAGGAUUUAGAAAAAUCUGUAACAGUGCAGCAUUUUGGUUGUUUUUUUACUUUCUUUUUUAUUU